AGGCUGGAACUUUGUUGGUGACCCGGCAUCUGCAUCAUCACGUCGGUGGGCCGCAUGACAGAAAAACACACAUAUUCUUAGCCACCGUAUCUUCACAACAUCACGCCAGCAAAAUGCCCAGGAAGGGGAAAGAAGAAGCGGAGUGGGUGGACGACGAGGUCGCCCCGGCAGCCGAAAAAACUGUCAAAAAAGGGAAGAAAGAUAAAAAGGGCAAAAAGAGUUUCUUUGAAGAGCUUGCCACAGACAGCAAACCUGAGAAGGUGGAUGAGGUCGCUGUGACACACUCACAAGGAAAACAGCCUCAGAAGAAAAAAAAAGACCGGAGGAAAGGAAAAGAUGCAGAUGCGGAUGAGGAUGACGAUGAAGAUGUCAUGCUGAAGCUGAAGAAGCUCUCGGUGCAAGCAGACGACGAUGACGAUGACGAGCCAGUUGUCGCCCCCAGUAAAGGAAACAAGAAAAAGGGGGGGAACAUCUUUGCUGCUCUCAGCCAAAGCCAGAGCGAUGAGGGUGAGGACGACGACCUGGAUGAAGAUGAGAAGCCUGGAAAAAAGACAGGUUCUGAUGAGGACGAUGAGGGAGAGAAGGAUGCCGGUAAAGAGAAAACCACGAAGAAGGCUGAAGCCAAGUCCAGGAAAAGUAAACCUGCUGAGGUGUCACGCAGCGCGGAGGAGGACAGCGAUGGAGGUGACAUGAUGAUGAGUGCUGAGGACGCCAUCGCAGAACAGAACAAGCAGCAGGAGGAUGACCCGUACGCUAAUCUUAGCAAAAAAGACAAAAAGAAGAAGAAAAAACAGAUGGAGUACGAGCGUCUGGUGGCCAGUGUGCGCGCUCAGAACGCUCUGGAGGGAGAUUUCUCCAUCUCCCAGGCUGAGAUGUCGUCCAGACAGGCCAUGCUGGAGAAUGCCUCUGACAUCAAGCUGGAGAGGUUCAGCAUAUCUGCUCAUGGCAAGGAGCUUUUUGUCAACGCUGACCUGCUGAUUGUGGCGGGAAGGAGAUACGGCUUGGUUGGACCAAAUGGCAAAGGAAAGACCACGUUACUGAAACACAUCGCCAACAGAGCGCUCAGCAUUCCCCCCAACAUCGAUGUGCUGCUGUGUGAACAGGAGGUGGUAGCCGAUGACACGCCGGCAGUGCAGGCGGUGCUGAAGGCAGACACCCGCCGCCUAAAGCUCCUGGAGGAGGAGAAGCAGCUCCAGGCUCGUCUGGAGAAGGGAGAGGAUGCUGUGGCUGAGAGGUUGGAGAAGGUCUAUGAAGAGCUGAGGGCGAUUGGAGCUGCAGCAGCUGAGGCCAAGGCCAGAAGGAUCCUGGCUGGUCUGUCAUUUACCCCAGAAAUGCAGAACAGACCCACCAAGAGGUUCUCUGGAGGAUGGAGGAUGAGAGUUUCCCUGGCAAGAGCCCUGUUCAUGGAACCCACUCUGCUGAUGCUGGACGAACCCACCAACCACUUGGACCUGAACGCUGUCAUCUGGCUGAACAACUACCUUCAAGGCUGGAAGAAGACGCUCCUCAUCGUUUCUCACGACCAGAGUUUCCUGGAUGAUGUGUGUACGGAUAUCAUCCACUUAGACAACCAGAAGCUCUACUACUACAGGGGCAACUACUUGACCUUCAAGAAGAUGUACGUGCAGAAGCAGAAAGAGCUGCAGAAACAGUACGACAAGCAGGAGAAGAAGCUCAAAGAGCUGAAGGCUGGUGGCAAGUCCACCAAACAGGCUGAGAAGCAGACGAAGGAGGCCCUGACCAGGAAGCAGCAGAAAGGCAAGAAGAAGGGAGGCCAGGAGGAGGAGAGCCAGGACGCCACGGAGCUGCUGAAGCGGCCUAAAGAGUACACCGUCAAGUUCACCUUCCCCAACCCACCCCCGCUCUCCCCCCCUAUACUGGGGCUGCACAGUGUUGACUUUGGCUACGACGGCCAGAAACCCCUUUUCAAAAACGUGGACUUUGGCAUCGACAUGGACUCCAGAAUUUGCAUCGUUGGACCCAAUGGUGUUGGAAAGAGUACCCUGCUGCUGCUGCUGACUGGGAAACUAAAUCCUACAAAAGGGGAGAUGAGGAAGAAUCAUCGCCUGAAAGUGGGUUUCUUCAACCAGCAGUACGCCGACCAGCUGAACAUGGAGGAGACGGCCACAGAGUACCUGAUGAGGAACUUCAACCUUCCCUACCAGGACGGCAGGAAGUGUCUGGGACGCUUCGGCCUGGAGAGCCACGCCCACACCAUUCAGAUCUCCAAACUCUCUGGUGGUCAGAAGGCCAGAGUGGUGUUUGCUGAACUGGCCUGUCGUCAGCCUGACGUACUGAUUCUGGAUGAACCCACCAACAAUUUGGACAUCGAGUCUAUUGACGCCUUAUCAGAGGCCAUAAAUGAAUACAAAGGAGCUGUGAUCAUCGUGAGUCAUGACGCUCGGCUCAUCACAGAGACUCAGUGCCAGCUCUGGGUCGUAGAGGACUGUACGGUCAACCAGAUCGACGGAGACUUUGACGACUACAAGCGGGAGGUGCUGGAGGCUCUGGGAGAGACCAUGGUCAACAAAGUCAACCCCUGAUCACAGAGUCGCUCUGACGGCACGUCGCUGUGUCUGUACAUGAAAUGCUAGCUGCGCUACCUGUGGGCUGUCUGGCAGGUCUCGGCGUUAACACUCAGAAUAAUACGGGUGAACAGGUGGCGGAGUGUUAAUGUUUCCACAACUCUCUAGAAAUACAGUCAGAUGAAAUGUCUUGAAAUGAUCAUCUACUAAUGCUACACAAGGAAAUAAAUGCAUCUUUCAUCA